UAUUGUAUUGCAUAGGACUGAGUGGAUGUUAUGUUACGUUGAAUUAACAAGCGGUUUUUCAAGGUAACAAGGAGCUGUUAUUCUGCAGAAACUGAUGUUCUCAACUUGGCAAAAUUGCAGCCGUAAUUAAUUGGUAAGCUUGAGGCCAAAAAAGUAGGCGUUGAAGUAUACACACACACUGCAACUCCUACGGAUUUAUGCGAAUAGAAAGGGUAAAAUGAAAAGGAGAGGUGGAGAGGAGGAAAAGCAAAAGGAGAAGCUGGUGUAUUUUCUCAGGCGCAGAUCCCUAUGAAAUGAAAUAUUGCUCAUUCUUUUUGUUAAGUUUUAAGGGCCUUGUACAAAAGCAAAACAAAGUGCAUUGCUUUGCUUUGGCAAGAUUCUACUCUCCAUUUCGUUUCAACGUAAGUUUGUAGCUACAAAACAAACUAAACAUGUACUCGUUUCAAACUGGAGGGAAUUGAAACAAAGGGAGCCAUGAUUAUUUUACUUGUGCCCAAUCAUUGACUUGCUUUCCUUCAUUCACCCACAAAUUCUUUUUUUUCACUCCUACAAUAUCUUGCUUUUGACAUUUUGCAUCAUUGAGUAAACAGUUCCAUAGUCAAAAAAACAAAAACAAAAAUGAAGGCCAUGAGUAACGAAAAUAACAGCAACCAAGAUAACAAUUGGUUGGGCUUCUCUCUCUCUUCCACCAUGGAUGGCUCAGCCUACAACCACCAACCUCCGCCGCGCACCGCCGCCGACGCCCUCCCGCUAACCUUCUCGUCUAGCUUCAGCUUCCCCGGAAUCACUUACUACGGCGGUGGAAGUGACAAUUCUUGCUUCAAUUCUAUAAUGCCACUUAAACAAGAUGGAUCAUUGUGCCCAAUGGAAGCCAUCAAUAGGCCUCAACCACAAGAAGGUAUGGAUUUCACAACAAUGGGGACCCAUAACUAUCAAGGGUGUGACAGACAAGGAAUGGCUCUGAGUUUACAUACAAUGUACCCUCAAAAUCAUGCAAUCAACGGCCAAGAUUUCCUCAGCCAACAUCAACAAACUCACAAUCUGGAGCUCCCAGCAAUGGCAGCCAGCUGGGAUUCAAGAAAUGUGUACGGCGAUCUGCACACACUAAGCUUGUCGAUGAGCCCCAUUGCUAGCGCCGCCGCUUCCGACCAAAUCCCAGCCAAUGUUGCAAACUGCAUUGCCCUUGAGAGCAAGAAAAGGGUGCUUGAGAAGCCUCAUCAGAAGCAGAUUCUCCAUCGGAAGUCCAUCGACACCUUCGGCCAAAGGACCUCUCAGUACAGAGGAGUCACAAGGCAUCGAUGGACAGGUAGAUAUGAAGCUCAUUUAUGGGAUAACACUUGUAAGAAAGAAGGGCAGAGCAGGAAGGGAAGACAAGUUUAUCUAGGGGGUUAUGACGUGGAAGAGAAGGCGGCGAGGGCUUAUGAUCUUGCAGCAAUCAAGUAUUGGGGGCCUUCCACACAUAUCAAUUUUCCGUUGGAAAAUUAUCAACAAGAAGUCCAAGAUAUGAAGAACAUGAGCAGACAAGAAUACGUUGCUCAUUUAAGAAGGAGGAGCAGUGGUUUCUCUAGGGGCGCUUCCAUAUACAGAGGAGUGACAAGACAUCAUCAGCACGGGCGUUGGCAAGCUCGGAUUGGGAGAGUUGCAGGAAACAAAGAUCUUUAUCUUGGAACAUUUAGCACCCAAGAAGAAGCUGCUGAGGCAUAUGAUGUGGCUGCCAUCAAAUUCAGGGGUGCAAACGCGGUGACCAACUUUGAUAUAUCGCAGUAUGAUGUGGAGCGGAUCAUGGAGAGCGACAGCCUUCUCCCGGGGGAGAUCGCUCGGCGGAAAAGAGACGCCGCCGCCCUCUCCGCUCGUCACAUCUCCGAUUGGAGAGUGGCUGCAUGCCACGAUCACGACAAGGAUCGAGUUGGGAGUUUGAGUUCCUUAGUUCCUAUAAACUCACUCCCCCCUACGACCCCUCAAGUCGCCUCCGACGUUUCUGCGCUCGAUUGUGCGUGGACGGAUGUGUUCCCGAGCACUUGAUGUAAUCUUUUAUACAAGAUUUUGUAAGUUUUGAUUCGGGUUAGUUCGAUUCGAUUCGAUUAUUACAGGGCAAUCCGCAUGAGGCUUAACAUUUUGACUGUAUAAAGUUUUGCAACAUUAGCCAUAUGAGAGGGCGAUUAAC